UCUGCCUGCUCGUCGAGAAGAUCUAGGUGGAAAAAGGUGGACAUGGCCGACUUUCCUGGACAGCGGUCUCAGAGAACGCCAUCCAUCUGCUCCUUCCUGCUUCUCCCGCGCGCGGCCACUUCAACCACCCGACUUCUGGGGCAACCCCGAGUUUUUGCCCAAACGGACUCCAGUCUCAUGCUUCGGGGCUUCCGCGGCCAAGAGAGCGGCUCCGCAGCGGCUGCCGUCAGUGGCCCGGCAGAAGGAGCCGCGCCGCCGCCGCCGCCGCCGCCGCCGGUCCACGCUUAAUGGCCCGUUUCGCGCCAGGUC